UUGUGGAGGGGAUAAAAAUUAGAUUUUUUGUUGAGGGGGAUAAAAAAAGGGGGUAUUUCGUGGAGGGGAUAAUAAUAUAAAAAAGAGCUCCCGACAACGUUAUUGCAUCAGUCAAAUAGUGGAAUACGAACGGUAAAGCUUUAACAACGUUACCGCAGCAGUUGAUUGGUGGAAGUCAGAUUGUAAAGUGUCUGAAGAAAGAACCGUACGAGAUGAACUAUUACGUUCCGAUCCAACAGAAUGACGGGUGCGAUAAAUCAACAUUAUCGCAGCCGCGCUAUACUCCUCGCAUCCUGGGAAGGCGAUUCGCUUUAACCGCCACUGCCUACAAAUAUUUGGAUAUCGGAGUCAGUGUGGGACGUGAACCUUUUGUGGAGAUGAUUCUUGGCGACAACAAAAGCAAUCAGAUACAGCUGUCACGUGAUACCUGGGUAAUAAUGAUCGAGAAACGCAUGGAUAUCGAGCGACUCCUGCAGUCAACCACCGCUACAUCAUUGUGGAUUAAUGAUCUUUUCAUCGAACUCGUCAAAUUACGUAAUGAAAUUGUCAUAAAAUUUACAUUAAAUAAUAAAGCUUUGUAUAUGAAACCAUUAACUGUGCAAUUUUUAUUAAAUCUUGAAGAUGUUAUCAAUAAUGUCUACUUUAAAUUGUCGCGGGAUAUGUUUGUAGUGAAAGAAAAAUAUAAUCGAUUUGUAAACUGCUUGCAGCGAAAUAACAUUAAUAAUAAGUGCGAUGCUGUAAAGCUAUUAGAUGAAAUAUGUGUAAAAACUUCGCUCAUAGAUUGCGAACUGAUGGUUUAUGCAUCAGACAAUAUUGUAUAUGAUGCUUUGAAUAAUAAAUAAAUAUGUAUUUGUA